CGCGAAGUGAUGACAGACGGUUUGUUUGGUUCUGACGACUUUCCGAUGGAUCUUUGCGGCGGAGCGAAGCGGAGGAAGCGGUGCGGCGCCGCGCGGAGCUGCGCGCGCGGGAAGACGAAGCGGGAGGCGGGUGCGGUGCUGCGCCCCCUCCCGGUGGAGCCCCCAGACCCGCGCUACAGCCUGCUGCGGGAGCUGGGCCGGGGCAGCUACGGGGUGGUGUUCGAGGCCGUGGCUCGGAACUCGGGGGCGCGGGUGGCCGUCAAGAGGCUCCAGUGCGACGCGCCGGAGAAGGUGGAACUGGCCCUGGCCGAGUUCUGGGCCCUGACCAGCCUGGAGAACCGGCACCGGAACGUGGUGCAGCUGGAGGAGUGCGUCCUGCAGAGGAACGGCCUGGCCCAGAAGAUGAGCCACGGCAACAAGAGGUCCAGACAGUACCUGCGCCUGGUGGAGACGUCACUCAAAGGGGAACGUGUCCUGGGUUACAGAGAGGAGCCGUGCUACCUUUGGUUCGUCAUGGAGUUUUGUGACGGCGGGGAUCUAAAUCACUACAUCUUAUCUCGCCGACCUGAUCCCCAAACCAACAGGGACUUCAUGCACCAGCUGACCAGCGCUGUGGCAUUCCUGCAUAAGAACAACAUUGUGCAUCGUGACCUGAAACCAGACAACAUACUGGUAUCACAGAAGUCCGGCUUACCUGUUCUCAAAGUGGCUGACUUUGGACUCAGUAAAGUGUGUGCAGGCUUCAAUCCAGCAGGCAAAACCUGUGAAGAUGAACCUGCAGGAGGCAUGGACAGCAGAGGGACGAACCACGGCAACAUAAACAAGUUCUGGUUGUCCUCCACCUGCGGCUCAGACUUCUACAUGGCCCCAGAGGUGUGGGAAGGACACUACACCGCCAAGGCUGACAUUUUUGCUCUGGGCAUCAUUGUCUGGGCAAUGAUUGAGCGCAUCACCUUCAUUGAUGCAGAGUCCAAACGGGAACUGUUGGGAACCUACGUAUGGCAGGGUACAGAGAUAAUUCCUGUUGGAGAGGCACUUUUGGAGAACCCCAAGAUGGUCCUGCACAUCCCUCAGAAGGGUAGGAGCGCCAUGUCUGAGGGAGAGAAGAGUCUUAUUCAGGACAUGCUUGCAGUCAAUCCUCUAGACCGACCGGAUGCCUUUCAGUUAGAAAUGCGGAUGGCUCGAAUCACGUGUGCUACCUGACCGCGCCUCACACCCGCUCACAGUCUUCGUUCCUUCUAACUAGUUGAA